CAGUGUUGAAGCAACGAUGGGCGUCAAAGGACUUCAGAGCUUUGUCCAGAAUGCCUGUCCCAGAGCCUGCAGUAUUGUCAGCUUAAAGUCAUUGGCUAACGGGCACAAAUCUUCUCAUCCAGAAUUGACUCCUACCAUUGUUGUAGAUGCAAUGGGCUGCUUGCGCACUUGGUACACACCUAAUGAUUGGAUACACGGAGGCCAAUGGAAGGAAUAUCUUUCCAGCUUAGAACAUUUUAUUGCAGCCUUUGAGGCGGCUGGUAUUAAGCUUGUAUUUGUCUUUGAUGGUGUCAUAGAGCAGAAGAAGAGGGCAGAAUGGGCUAAGCGACGGCUGCGGGACAACAUCGAAAUAGAGAAAAUCUUCCGUCUUUUAAAAUCUAACGGGCAGCAGCCUGGCAGGAAUAUGUUUUUUAUCCCUUCUGGUAUAGCUACGUUUACACGAUAUGCUUUGAAGGCUCUAAACCAGCAAAUCAUUUGCACUCAAGUGGAAGCUGAUUAUGAAGCAGCUGCAUAUGCUCUGCAACACAACUGCCUUGGCAUUUUAGGGGAGGAUAGCGACUAUAUAAUCUUUAACACUGUGCCAUAUUUUUCCGUUAACAAACUUCGCUUGGACAAUCUUGCCACACUGAUGUAUUCGAGGGAAGACUUGUGCGAUGAACUUGGAAUCCAUAUUUCAGCUCUACCGCUUCUGGCAAGUCUGCUUGGCAAUGACAUCGUUCCAGAGAACUUGGUGAAUGGUUUUCAUAGGAAGUGCACCGCCUCCUAUCACUCAAAAACAAAUGAAGGUAAUAGGAGGGGCAAUGUUAUUAGGGCCGUUGCCUCUUUUAUUUCAAAAAUACAGCACAAGCCUAAUGGCCUUGAAGAGGUGCGGAAAAUGUUACCAGCGGGAUUUGAUAUGGCGUUGCUGCAGAAAGGAAUAGAAUCUUAUAUUCUGCCAGAGCAAACAUCCCCUUGGGUUUUCCGGGGGUCACACUGCACAUCCAAGCAAGAAACAACUGUGUUCCAAGAUCGGGAAAUUAUUCAGAUUGCUUUAGAAGGACACUACAAAGGAGAGAAUACCAUGAUCUGCAAUGUACUGUGCAUUGGUGAGAGUGAUUGCAGUAAUACUAUUGAAGAUGAGGAUGACCCCCAAAUACCUGCACAAGCUCUGAUUUUUAAAACUGCUCGUCAGCAUAUUUAUGCAGUUCUUCUUGGCACAGGCAACGGCUCACCGGUUACUAGUCCUGUUGUUAAAGAGUGGUAUGUCUACCCUGGAAACCUGCUGCAAACACCAGAUCUUGUUCCAGCUGUUCCUCUACUCAUUCCAGGUGGAACACCAACUGCCAGGAGCCUCUGGCUAUCUGAAGAUCCUGACAUUCAAAGAAGACGUUUCUAUACAUGCAUGGCAUGUUUCCAUGUAGAAAGAUGGACAGAGGAGCUUAGAGGCCUGGAGACCCACCUUGCUGCUACCUGCUGUCUACUGAUCUAUCUUGCAGUGCAGGUAGAAAGUCUGAGUCUGACAGACAUGGAAGCCUUUCUGGCCCAAGCGUUAUGCCUUCCAGGAAAAUCUUCAUCUCAGCUGAAUAGAUUGCAGCAUCCUUACGUGGAUUCCAUAGCAGUUCAUCUUGCUUUUCUCUUUCUUCGUGGACUGAUUACAUUAAUGGGAGCAAAUUGUGCCUGUGGCUAUCCUUUUACAAUGAUGGACCUGAUGCCAUGGAACACAUUUGAUGGCAAUCUGUUUCACCAGAAGUAUCUACAGUGUCAUGGACAGAAACCUGCACAGGAGAUAUUAGAAAGAAAUGAUGCAUUAAUAUCACAGUUUAAUAAGCUGAGGACUCUGAUUACUGAUGCCUGUGCAGCACAGGGCAGGACCUUGAAGCCAAACCCUAAAGGAGAAAAUUGGCCUUUGUCAGUAAGGUCCAGUUCUGGGCGUUCCCGCAGUUCCUUUAGUGGACAUCAGCAAUCUGAACACAAUGUUCAGUAUGACUAUCAUGGUGAAAGAAACCAACAGUGGAAUGUUCAUAGGCAGCAAAAGAAAUACAGUGGAGGAUUUGGACAGCAUGCACCCUUUGAAGACACAGAAGGUCCUUACCAAGGGGAUUAUGAAUACGGCGAACAUAACACAGGCUCCUCUUCUCUGUGUGAUCUGUUCCCCACAGCUACUUCUCUUUCACGUCCAUCUGGCAGUUGCACUCUGACAUCAUCAUGUACAAUGCAGGAAAGGCGGGUUGUAACGCUGAAGGCCAACGUGAGUGACUCCCGUUCAUGUGAUCACUGUGAUUGGCUGCACAGUGAUGACAUAGUGGGGAGCCUGUCCUUCCGACUCCUGGUUGAUGGUACUUGA